GCGCAACGCUAGAGACCCGGGGGCGCCGUCACUGCGCAGCCUCCCACGCGGUUCGGGCCAGGCCUGUGCGGCGCCGGCGACUGGCGGCCCGGCUCCCGGCGCGGUCUCGUUCCCCCGCGGCCUCCCUGGCCGCUCCUCACAUCCCGGCACGGCCAUGGCGCUCAACAAUUUUCUCUUCGCGCAGUGCGUCUGCUACUUCCUGGCCUUUCUGUUCAGCUUCGUGGUGGUUGUGCCGCUGUCCGAGAACGGCCACGACUUUCGCGGCCGCUGCCUGCUCUUUACCGAGGGUAUGUGGCUGAGCGCCAACAUGACGAUGCAGGGUCGGGAGCGCUUCACGGUGCAGGAGUGGGGUCCGCCGGCAGCCUGCCGCUUCAGCCUGCUCGCCAGCCUCCUGUCGCUGCUGCUGGCCGCUGCGCACGCAUGGCGCACGCUCUUCUUCCUCUGCAAGGGACACGAGGGCUCCUUCUUCUACGCCUUCCUGAACCUCCUGGUCAGUGCCUUUGUGGUCUUCCUGGUCUUCAUCGCCAGCACCAUCGUGAGCGUGGGCUUCACCAUGUGGUGUGACACCAUCACGGAGAAAGGUGAUACUCAUCGCUUCAGCUGCGAGAAGUACCAGGACCUGGACUUGGAGCUGAACGUGGACAACUCUGCCUUCUAUCAUCAGUUUGCUAUCGCCCAGUUUGGCCUGUGGGCCUCGUGGCUGGCCUGGCUGGCGAUCACCACCCUGGCGUUCCUGAAGGUUUACCACAACUACCGCCAGGAAGACCUGUUGGACAGCCUGGUUCACGAGAAGGAGCUGCUGCUGGCCAGGCCAGCCUCCCGCGCCUCCUUCCAGGGGGAGAAGAGUGCUGUCAUCUAGGCUGUGCGGGGGUGGGGUGCGGGGGUGGCCCCCUUUCCCGAGGCCUGCCCUGAGGGGUGGCUGGGGCCCCACCCAGGCUGGCCAACACAGCUCCGCAUGUGUCUCUUGGCUCUGCCCUCCAUGAGCAGAGCGCUCGUGUUCCCAUGGAGAGCCCGACAGUGGUGGCACAGAGACCAGAGACCUGGGGAUGGGGUGCCUUCUGGCUCCUGUCCCGGCCUUGCUUAGUGUGAUCCAUGCUCUGCCUCUGUGUGACCAUUGGCCCAUCCAUGUGUGUGGAUGGGAGUGUGACUGCCGAGCGGAGGUGAUGGCGCUGGGUUGGUGGCCUCGGCACCGCCACAGGCUCCGGCACUCCUGAGUCCCUGCCCCUCCUGGAGGGGCUCUCUUUCCAUCCCAUAGCAUCUUCAGCUAAGGCCCCUAGAAGGUAAUGUCACCCCUCCCCCAAAGCAGCAGGAGGAGGACCCUGGUAGGAAUGUGGGACCCUGGGCUAGGCUCUGUCUUCUGCUCUGUGAGGAUAUCUGGGGCUGUGUCAGGAGAGCCCCACCCUCCGCCCUUUGAGGCUUUCUGGGUGGCAUGGUUCUCUGUGUCCCAGGGGUGGGGCCCCCAUGGCGGAAGAGGCCCAGCCCCUCUGGAUCUCAGUGAGUGCACUCAGCGUUCCUGGCCCUAUUCUGAAGAUGUGCUCCAACACCGUUCCUCCGUUCCCAGGCAAGGUGAUCCCGACCUGUGUCAGCUCACUGUCCACCAUCAGUGGCUGGUGUCUUCCAAGGUGGAAGGUGCUGGCUCCAUAAAGGUGUGGCCUAGGCCCCCUGUGAAGGCCUGAGGGGGAUCACUUGGGCCCUAAGAACUGAAGCCAGCUAGCAAGGAUGGUCAGGGUGCUGUGUAAGGGCGUGCCUAUCUGGGGAGGUCAGAGCCAGGCAGACUGACACUCCAGCCUUCUCUGGGGGCGUUGGCUUGUGGCCUGGCUGAGGUCUCCACCCUGACCUGGUCUCUCCUCCAGACCCUCACACCAGCCCUAAUCUGUGGGACACGGAACUCUGUCUAGCCCUGGGUCCCCUCUUUUGUCUCCCUAGGAUUGGCUCCUUCCUCAUCUUCUGCCCCACAUCCCUACUAAGGCUGUAGCCACUUAGGACCCAGAGGAACAGGAGGCCGGCUGGGGCCCCUGGGACCUAGGACCUGCCUCAGGUGUGGGUCUGCCUUUGCCGCUGUCUCUUGGGGAUUGGGACCUGGUCAAGUCUAGAGAGACCUUCAUUCACCUAAAGACGCCUAGACUUCCCUGGAUGUCAAUGUCCCAGGGACUCGUGGGGAAGGGCCUCUGGCCUAGGAGCUCUGUUGGCUGUAGCCAUGGGCAGGGGUGUCUGUCCAGGAGAGGCCUCUCCGGAUGUAUGGCAAAGAGGCAGGCAGAGGAUGCAGCAUGGUCCCCAAGAUGCCCCUGGUCCUCCCCAGCUUGUUUCAGGGCAACCCUUGUUUCUGUCUUCCUGGUAAAGCUGAUAGUGGUGAGUCCUAAGCCUCCACGUGUCGGAUUCUCAAGUCAAAAUAUCAAAAUAAAGAUGAAACAUCUGA